UGCCUUUAACGCCUUGAUCGGAUCGUACUGGGAUUUAAGGUGGGGUUUUAUCGCGACGCAGGUAACUGGAAAAUAUCCCACUGUCUCUUGUUGAUGAUACUUGAGCGGCACAUUUGUCGCUCGUCACGUCCGUUUGGAUUUUCCAGCACAAGCCCACAGCAGUCUAAUGAGAAGGUUUUUACGCGUCAAUUUGGAAUAAAUGAACUCCCGUUGCCAUCUGAGAGUCGUUGUGAACGUAUCCAGUGAGACAAGUGUGUGGACAGGCGGAAAUCAUGUGCAAUUGGAUCACCCCUUCGGCGUCUGCUUUAUUAGUGCCACUUUUGACUGCUUUGAAGUGAACCCUGUGAGGAGCAUCCAAAACGACACGGUAUUCUGGUGGUGUUUUCCCGGGAGGCCAGUGGGAGUCGACUGCCUCAGCUCUGACUCUCUGACCGCCAGCUGAUAGGGAUGCUGAUGUGAAACCUGCGAUGAUAUCUGGACCUGGAAACUGAUCAACAAUGGACCGGCUGGUUCUGUGCGUGCUGCUGUGUGCAGUUCUGGUGAAGGGAUACAGCUGCCCCGGCCGCUGCAUCUGCCAGCACCUCUCACCCACUCUGACUCUGCUCUGUGCUAAGACUGGUCUGUUGUUCGUACCCCCCACCAUCGACCGCAAGACCGUCGAGCUAAGACUCACAGACAACUUCAUCACCGUCAUCCGCAGGAAAGACUUUUUCAACAUGACCAGUUUGGUGCACCUCACCUUGUCCCGUAACACCAUCAGCCAGAUCACCCCCCAAGCCUUUUUCGGCCUGCGGUCCCUGCGGGCGCUCCACAUGGAUGGGAACCGCCUCAGUGUGAUAAAGACUGAACACUUCAAAGGCCUCAUCAACCUGCGGCACCUCAUUCUCGGGAACAACCAGAUCCACCAGGUGGCUGACUCCUCCUUUGAUGAGUUUGUGCCCACAGUAGAGGACUUAGAUCUUUCCAAUAACAACCUACGCACCCUUCCCUGGGAAGCCAUAGCCAGAAUGACCAACAUUAACACGCUCACACUGGACCACAACCUGAUUGACCACAUUGGAGCGGGGACUUUUACGCUGCUCACCAAGCUGGUCCGCCUGGACAUGACGUCUAACAGGCUGCAGAAGCUGCCACCAGACAGCCUGUUCCAGCACGCUCAGGUUCUGUCUGACCACCAGGGCUCCAGCGCCUCCGUUCUGGCAGUGAGCUUUGGUGGUAACCCUCUUCACUGUAACUGUGAACUGCUGUGGCUCCGCAGGCUGACACGAGAGGAUGACCUGGAGACCUGUGCCUCGCCAGAUCACCUCAUGGACAAGUAUUUCUGGUCCAUCCAAGAGGAGGAGUUUAUCUGUGACCCUCCGCUGAUCACCAAACAUCUUUCCACUAAGCCCUUUGUGAUGGAAGGGCAGGGUGUGACUCUUAAAUGCAAAGCAGUGGGGGAUCCAGACCCAGAUAUUCACUGGCGGUCUCCAGACGGCAAGUUGGUGCAUAAUAAUUCCCGCACCAUCCUGUAUGAUAAUGGCACCCUUGAUAUUCUCAUCACCACGCUGAAGGACAGCGGGGCAUUUAAUUGUGUGGCAUCCAAUGCCGCAGGCAUCGCCACAGCUGCUGUUGAGAUCAACAUGAUCCCCUUACCCUUGCUUGUUAACAACACAGGCCACAUGCGUGAGGACCCCGGCCUCUCAGACAUCACCACCUCCUCCAAAUCUGGCAAUGACACCAAGGGCUACGACAAGCAGGACAGGAGGGUGAUGGUCAGCGAGCUGACCUCCUCCUCCGCUGUAAUCCGCUGGCCUUCUGAACGCCACAUCCCCGGCAUCCGGAUGUACCAGAUUCAGUACAACAGCACGGCAGAUGAUACUUUGGUGUACAGAAUGAUCCCAUCUACCAACAAGAACUUCUUAAUCAAUGAUCUGGCCGCAGGGCGGGAGUAUGACCUUUGUGUGCUGGCGGUUUACGACGACGGCGUCACAUCAUUAACAGCCACACGUGUGGUUGGCUGUGUGCUUUUCCACACGGCCAAUGAGGUCAGCCAGUGCCGCUUCAUGCACAGCCAGUUCCUGGGAGGCACUAUGAUCAUCAUUAUUGGCGGUAUAAUUGUUGCUUCAGUGCUGGUGUUCAUUAUCAUCCUGAUGAUACGCUACAAGGCCUACAGCGGCCCAGAGGACGGCAAGAACAAGGUCAGCUCCAGCAUUCACUCGCAGACCAAUGGCAGCCAGCAGCGGCUCCAGCGCUCCGCCUCCAAGCAACCGUCCGAUGAGGGCCAGCGUGAAGCUCAGGCACCCAAAGAGUGCAUGGCACUGGUGCUGAGGAUGGACAAUGAGAAGAAGGAGCGCCCGGCAGCCACCACUGCCAUCCUGGAGGUGGAGCUGCCUCCCCUGACUGUUGACAAGAUAAAGAGAAGAACCAGCCUGGACGCACAAUGCUCUGGCCCGCCAUCUGAGGACACGCAGACGGACAGUAGCCUGACUGGCUCCACCAUGUCCCUGUGUCUCAUAGGCCCCAACGCUGGCACCAAGGAGGCUCCCAGGCUCAAGGACAAGAAAAGUGCCCUGGCCAACAUGGGAUUACUCCCUAAUGAGCUGGCACGAACUAGGCACAGAUUCUCUUUUGACGGAGGGGAUUACUCCAUUUUUCAGAGUCAUAGUUACCCACGCAGAGCGAGGACGAGGUGGCACAAGUCCACCAACCAGCUCAACAUGGAUUCCUCGCCGCUCGCCAACAGGAGAGUUACGUUCAGCAGCACUGAGUGGAUGCUUGAGAGCACAGUCUGAGGAAAGCAAUGGGAAAGCCGGUGGAAAAUGACGGCUCUGCCACACACACACAUGUAAAAACACAAAUAUGUCUCCAUGCCAUUUAACACACACAUUUCCCACACACAGCAAAUGAUGAACACAAGCACAUUGACUUACACAUGCAAACGUUGCGUGAGUUGCUGGAGAAGAACAUAGUCUCCCUUCAUCCUGCCUCCCCAUCAUACUCCCAGAGAGGUUUGUUGGCCAUGUCCUUUCUUUAUGCAGCAGUGCCUUAUUCAAAAAGAAAAAUGUACGAAUGGAGGAUGCUGCUCACUGUAGUCAUUAACCGUCCUCUCUGUCAUUGACUGCCACCCCGAUGAUUGGAAGCAUUUCUUUGGAUUUUUAAUUUUCUCUUUUUUUUUUCUGUGACAUGCCAAGGGGGUGUGGCGUUUGGAUGUGACUGUUUAAUUGUUUAACAAAAAAAAAAAAAAAAAAAAAGAGGAAAAAAAACUUCAUCAUAA